AUGAGAUCAAAGAAGUUGGUGGGUUGCAAAAGAUCACAAGAGGAACAUCUGUCACAAUUGCAUUGGACUGCAAUAGAGAUUCUUCCAUUUCCAAUAUCGAAAUUUAUCUUGAAUAGAGUAAUUCAGUUGAACAUCCUGCAAUCUGACUAUUAUCUCUUCAAGAGAAGCGAUUUGAGAGAUCCAAAUUUUAACUGGAUUGUCGGGCUUAAGGAAUUCACACACCCAGCUACUCAAACUUUCUCUGUUGUUGGAACAAUAGGACCAACAUUUUUCCUUGCAAUUGCCAUGCUUGGUUUUGUGUUUCAAGUUGGUUCUUUGAUCACUGAGAAAGAACUUAAACUUCGCCAGGCAAUGUCUAUUAUGGGUCUUUAUGAAUCUGCCUAUUGGUUGUCAUGGCUUACAUGGGAGACUUUUCCAACACUUCUAUCAUCACUUUUCUCAAUACUCUUCGGAAUGAUGUUUCAGUUUGACUUCUUCCUUCACAACAGUUUCGUGAUUCUGUUCCUUGUGUUCUUCCUUUUUCAAUUCAAUAUGAUUGGUUUUGCCUUCAUGAUUUCAACUUUCAUUAGCAAGUCAUCAUCAGCCACCACUGUUGGAUUCUGUCUUUAUCAUCGGCUUUUUGACUCAGUUACAGGAUUUGGAUUUCCAUAUGAUAACAACUUUUCUAAGACAUAUCGGGUGAUCUGGUCUUUCUUCCCUCCUAAUCUGUUCCUUCAAAAUUCUGCUCGAGAUUGUUCAGUUUUAGUGAAAGUGGUGAACUAA